CUACCUAAUGUACAGUACUGCAUAACACGCAACAAUUGCUACACUACACUCGCAACCUGGUGAUUUAUGUACUAACCAGCAUUUCAUUGCUUGGCACUUUCUCACCAUAUAAAGUGGUGAGCACAUGUCCUGUUAGUCUUCAGUAAACUGUACAAAUCGACCUCAGUGUAUUUACUGUACAUAGCAACGUCAUACUACAGCGACCGGGUGAGCAAACAAAAUCCAACCUCUGCGAAUCAGACCGAACAGUAGUUAAUCAAGCAACAUGAAGUGACAAUAAUCAAUAUCAGCAAUGGAUUGAUUUGGUUCCACUUAGUGUACAAAGAGGUGUUAGCAACAUGUGAACCCUUGACAUGGGAUGCUCUUCCUCAAGUACUGCAGUCGAAGACACGCCUCAUGUGAAUACCCCCGUGAAACGCGGCACCAGGAAGCUCGUUGGAUUGCCGGAGGAAACAUUUGAACUGGAGGAUACGGUACCAAAGGCAUCUGAAACCGUCUCCGAAGCAUAUCACCGACUGGAUGAGGAAAUAUGUAAAAUUGAAAGCACAUGUGCAGGUCCUCGGCUUUUGACAGCGGAAGCUUGGAUUGAUCAUUUAGCAACAACAUUCAAGCAAACCCAUAUCAGUAGCACGAUGCUUCAGCGCGAAAACAAAUUUGCGAUGGAUGUGACUGUCGUCGAAAUUCCCAACGGAAUUCCUGUACUUUCCAGUCCAUCCGAAUCGGGUGUGGAGGUUUCCGACCGUAGCCGCGAUGAUACGGCUAAGGUUCGUCAUUUGGCGUUGAAGCUAGAUGUUGCUCUGGAUCCAGUGAAAGCGGCUCGGCACGAAGAAUUCAUCGCUCGGAUUUCCCGUGCUGCGAUGGCUCUCGAAGCAGGAAGUUUUCAAACCGACAUGGUUGACAUUUCCCGAAGACGGGCCCAAAAUCUACGUCGAACUUUUGCGCAACUUAAGGCACUAUAUGCAGAGCUAGACUAUCUGAUAGCUUCUGCAAACAAUGGCUCAUACAGUUCGCUGAACGAGCAGCGUUUGGACGGAGAGCUGGAAUCAGCGAGGGAGAUCCGUGAUCGAUUGGGUGGUGUAUGUGAACAGUGGCGGACGGCAGCUUCAAUGAUACGAGCUUCGGCAAACGGGAUGUUACAAUCGGUAGAAUUUUGGAAUCUUGUUGGAAGUUCGAAAGAUGCUGCCGAAAAGAUUUCCCUAGCAUUGGAUAGUAGAACGGCUUGUCAUGGAGCUUUAAUAGCGAUGGAGGCGGCUCAGGAUGCGCUUCCACAAGUAGAGAUUCCUUUCGUUACAGUGAGACAACAAUCUGCCUUGAAGCACGGGCUUAUUUAUAUGUUAACUGAUAUGGCUAACCCGGCGCGAUAUAGACACACUAAACAUGUGCUGGAAGGAUUUCUAAAAAACGUUGAGAUGUCGGUUCGCUGGGUUCACGACACUUAUAGUGAUACAUUGAAGAAAGAUCUCCUUGAGGCAGACCAAUCGGUGCUUUCGAUUGCUAAACAACUGAGGGAAAUAAGAACCAACUACCUAAGACAACGAUUGGGGUCCAAAGUUUACGUGCGGCCUGCUUUAAGACAGGUUGAAUUUUAA